AUGGCGCCGUUACUAGGCAGUUGGGAUGGUCCAACUACUUCAAUUUCUCAAACUGGCCCACUCAAGAGCGUUUUGUAUGUCGAUGCAUAUGACUCAUUUUCAUACAAUGUUGUCGCGAUGCUCGAAGAGACUCUGGGCGUUAAGGUUACCGUGAUGACCAUUGACUCAGACUGGCCCGAUGGGAAUAUGAACGAGUUUCUGCGCCAUUAUGAAGCAAUUGUUCUAGGACCCGGCCCGGGAAAUCCCAACUUGCCGAAGGACGUUGGUAUUAUGAAAGACAUCUGGGAUCUUCAGAAUGACGAAGUACUUCCAGUUCUGGGAAUCUGCCUCGGGUUCCAGAGUCUAUGUUUGCAUUACGGGGUGCCAAUUGAACGCCUUCCAUAUCCUCUCCAUGGUCGGGUCUAUGAAAUCUCAACGGCCUCAAAAGAUCUAUUUCACAAUAUCCCUAACGUGGAGGUAACAUUAUAUCAUUCUCUAUAUGCCAACUUAGAUGCGUCAGCCUCUCCGCCGACAUCGGCCGUUGACGAUCUGGAAUUUUUGGCCUGGCUCUCAUUGGAAAAAUCAAGCAGUCACAUAAAGAAGAUACCAAUGGCAGUUCGCCAUCGUCAAAAGCCCAUUUGGGGUGUUCAGUUCCACCCCGAGUCUUGCAAAUCAGAAAAGGAUGCCUGCAGACAGAUCCUCCAUAAUUGGUGGAAAAUGGCACUCAGCUUCAACAAGUCUGUUGGAAGAGAAGCAUAUGCCUCCCUACCCGAGACCAUCAUCAGUCCCCAGGAUGAAAUCAACACGUUCCCAGAUAUCGCUUACGAGAUGUUGAGAUGGAGUAACUCGACUUCAAAGGCCUCAGUUUAUCGAUCUAUCGAACGAGGAGACUUGACUGCAGAGACCAUCAGCGAGUUGUUCAACAAACCAGGAGCUCCAACAGUAGUAUUUCAGUCCAAUAACCGAUACAGUAUUGUCUCGAUUCCCAGCCAUAAUUCUUGGAGGCUUGAAUACAGCGCAAAGCUGGAAAAAGCUACCAUGUAUCGAUUACGCGACGAGACGCAAACGCUUGAGAAAAGCCUCACAGUCGCUCAACUCUGGGAUGCCCUCCGUUAUCUAAUGGAGGCAAAGAAGGUUGAUUCCGGAAGCAUUCAAAGUCCUUUCUGGGGUGGAUUCCUGGGCUACUUUUCUUACGAACUGGGCCUUGCAUGUCUACCUCACCCCAAAGAUUCACCACAAACACUCGCUUCUCACAAAAAUUCGACCGACAAUUCUUCAUCAAAUUUAGAUAUCGAGGAUCCGCCGGAUGUUAGUCUGCUGUGGUGUGAAAGAAGUAUUGUUGUAGACAAUGAGACAGGUACUGUCAUUGUACAGUCUACUUGCGACUCGGAUGAACACCCUGAUAAUUGGCUUGGUGAAUCCUUGCAACUCCUCAAAUUUCAUGCCAGAAAAGUCGAAGAUAAUGGACAGUCCGACCUCCAAUUUUUGGAUUCGAUUCUCCGCCAUGGUAUCAUUUCAUUUCCUGAUGAAAUGGAUUACAAGAACCGAAUCAAAGCCUGCAAAGCUGAAUUAGAGGCCGGCGAAUCCUACGAGUUAUGUCUUUCCUGUGAGACAUCAAUCAUUCUACCAUCUCCGACAACAGAAUCCGAUCGUGCUGUGUUUCCCUGGAAACUAUAUAGGCGACUCAAGAAGUAUAAUCCUGCUAGAUUCAGUGGAUUCGCAGAUCUAGGCCAAGUGAAGAUCGUCAGCAGCAGUCCGGAAUGUUUCCUCAAUUGGGAUCGCGAGUCUAUGCUUGAGAUGAAGCCCAUGAAAGGGACAGUACGAAAGUCUCCCGAUAUGACACUAGCCAAGGCCAAAGAGAUUCUCGCGUCAACGAAGGAGAUGGCAGAGAACCUUAUGAUAGCUGAUCUAAUUCGACACGACUUGUACGGCAUCUGUGGGCCUGGUGGAGUGCAUGUUGAAAAGCUUCUUGAGGUCGAGGAUUAUGGUCGAGUCUACUCCAUGAUCACACAUGUCAAAGGUCAAAUUCGUCCAGAUCAAUCUGGAUAUUCGGUUCGCAAGAUUCCUCAAUUGAAGACAACAAACAUGUCUGUUCAUGGUCUCACAACCUUACAAAAAUGUCUCCCGCCCGGAUCCAUGACCGGUGCGCCCAAGGAGCGCUCAUGCAUGCACCUUGGCAGAAUUGAAGGUCGCAAGCGUGGAAUAUACUCUGGCGUGAUGGGCUACCUUGACCUUGGCGGCGGUGGUAGCUUCGCGGUCAUGAUUCGCAUGGCGUUCACUUGUGGCUCUUCGGAUGCAGAACGCCAACAAAGUUGGCGGAUUGGUGCUGGGGGUGCCAUUACUACUUUAAGCACGGCGGAGGGAGAAUGGCAAGAGAUGUUGACCAAGCUGCGUACUGUUGGCAAUAUCUUUGCUCCAUUCGAUGCCCAGUAA